AUGUGCAAGAGAUCCGCAAUUGAAGCUUUAAAUGAUUUUCUAAGAGAUCUUAUGAAUUCAGAUAAGAUCUUUGGUGGGAAAGUAAUUGUUCUUUGGGGUGAUUUUAGACAAACCUUACCAGUGGUUUGUAAGGGAAGCCAAUCUGAAACCAUUGCUACUUCUUUGAUUAAUUCUCCUAUUUGGCCAGUUCUUGAAAAAUUAGAGCUCACACAAAACAUGAGGGCUCGAUUUGAUUCCUCAUUCACGGAUUUCUUAUUAAGGGCUGGUGAUGGCACUGAACAAGCUGAAGAUGACAAUCUCAUACAACUGCCUUCUUCUUUUUUGGUUAGCGAUGGUUCACAAAAUGCAUCACUUCAUGAUCUGAUAGAUAUGGUUUAUCCCCACAUUCAACAUAGAUUAGAAAAUCCUGCCUUGCCAUUAAAUCGAGCAAUCCUCACUACAAAGAAUCAUUUUGUGGAUGAAGUGAAUGACAUCUUAAUUGAAAAAUUCCUAGGCACAGCAGUAGAAUAUCUAAGUUUUGAUCGAGCUUUGAAUCCAAACAAUAAAGUUCAAUAUGAAGAUUUGUUAAACCCUUUAUCUCCCAGUGGCCUUUUGCCCUAUAGACUAAUUUUGAAACCUGGUGUUCUUGUGAUAUUGCUUAGAAACCUAGACCCUACUGAGGAUCUUUGCAAUGGAACAAGAUUAAUUUGUAAAAGUUUGAGCAAACAUGUCAUUCAUGCUCAAAUAACUAUGGGAGAUUUUGGUGGAAAAGAUGUGUUCAUCCAUAGAAUUCCCUUACAACCUCCAAUUGAUGAACAAUAUCCUAUUCCAUAUACAAGGACUCAAUUUCCAAUUCGCUUGUGCUUUGCCAUGACAAUAAACAAAACUCAAGGACAAAUACUUGAUUAUGUUAGUAUCUACUUGAAGGAACCAGUGUUUUUCCAUGGGCAGCUCUAUUAUGUGUGCACGGAUGCUCUCACGCACGCGGCAGUGUUUGAGGUUAUGGUUGUCGGUGGAGCUGGUGGUGUCACAGUCGUGAAGCGGAGUGAGAUGGGGUGCAGAAUGGGUGGAGCUUGCUCACGGGUUCUCUCUGCCUUCACUCCAGCUUCAAAGGUUGCGGACAGAACCAGAAAUGAAACCGUACUCCCAGCUUCCUUCCUCACUCUCGGUCGAUGA